AAGUGAGUCACAAAAAUGACUUUAGACUUGACCUGUCUAAAUCAAAAAAGACUUGCACCUAAAUUUGAACUUUAACACCAGUGACUUGUGACUUCACUUGGACUUGAACCUUCUGACUUUAAAAUACUUGAUACCUUCCCCUACGCACAAAGAUUAAAUAGUAGUGCGAUGAAUCACUUCAUUUCUGUUCAUUUCCUGAAUCAAUUCACUGUAAUGCUUUUCAUUCCCAGCAAGUCAACAUUUAAUUCCCCAGAUCCACUUUGAACCAAUCCGACAGCAUCCAAUAAAGCUGCAGGAGAGAGCCGUAUUACGUUACUGGGCGCCAGUCAGAAAAAUGAUACCAAAGAUAGUCUUGAUUGGAUCCAAAAACUAUGAAGUGAAAAAAAAACCCCAAAACAAACCAACUGCAGUAUGCAAAAUCUGUGGGUCGAAAAUGACAGACAGAGAAGCAACAACUUCCAUAAACCUUGUUUAAACACAAAAAUACAAAUUUUGAAAAGCCUUCAUGAUUUUUGUGAAUUCAAUAAAUUGUUUCUCUGUUGUUAAAAUGGCGUUACAUUUAGUGAAGAGCAAAUUAUGAUUUUUUUUAGGACUUGAGACUAACUUGUGACUUGCAAACAAUAACUUGGUUCCACCUCUGAGUAUUGCUUAUAGGAUUAAUCCCUGUGCUUUUUUGGCACGAGCUUUACUUCCUCAUUAUUGUGAAGCCUCACAGACUCCAUGGCUGCAUGUUUAAAAAAAAAGGCUGUAGAAAAGUGUUGACAAGGACACGCUUCUCUUUUCUGUAAAGUGGGCUUGAAAUUGAAAGGUACAUUAUAUAUAUUUUUCUACACCCACACGCACAAACUGAGAAGUAACUUUUCCCCUACAACUAUAACUGCACUGAACCAGUCCACUAAGUGCUCACUAUGAUCUGUCAGGUACAACUGACUUCAUUACAAUACAGUGACAGCUGCUGUGACUAAAAAUUAACGCAUUAAAAACCAGAACACACGAUGUAAAAACAUGGGGUGGGUGAGUGUAUUAUUCUGUGUACACAGAGCUAUUUAUUGCUAUUUUAACUUUUCUUUUUUAAGCAUAUUCAUUAGAGCAUCGAUGCCGAAGUUGCGGACUUGUACAGCGACAAAGGUAUUCUAUUCACCUCUGUACAGUACGUACCAAUGUCAGAAGUUUACUGAAGCACAAAACCUUUUUCAAUUCACAGCUCAUAUUUUACUAUUAUUUUCCCAUCCAUUGAGUCGGGCCCACAGUGUGUACACACACCACACCUACCCUAAAGAUAAAACCUGGUUUUUGACUGGUACUGUACUUUAUGCCCACUUUGCUCUUCAGUUACUGACCUUGUCACAUUAGGUGCACCCUCUUGAAAGGCGAUACGCCCAAAAACUAAACACUUGGGUUUUGUCUUUAUAAGGUGUUUGCAGCUGCCCAAAUAGUCACUGUUUGCUAUGUCAUAUCACCACAGAAACUGGGCUCUGCUGUGAGGUAUAAGAGUUGUGGCCAUGCCUUUGCCCUCCUGUUUGUGGAUUCAGCCCGUGGCCAUCUACAACGCCAGACCACCUUUUCAGGAGCCGUAAAGGAGCCUCAGGAGGUGAGAUGUGAAGCAAUGUUUCCUCCAAACCAUGGUUGUCCAAUUGGGCUACAUGGAAGAUUCUUUGGGUUUUCAUUUAAAUUAAUUAUACAAACUGAUUCUUCUAAUUUAAAGCUUCCAACUCUGGUUUCUGGUGCGUGAUUAGUGAAAUAAGCUCAAACUGGCUCUACUUGGAAGCUUCGAUGGCACAGGAUUGGACGCAGCAGGAUAUUUGUUUAGGGGGAAGCAUUAAUGCAAAAAGGACUGGAAAAUGUUACCAGAUGGGAUCUUUCAUUUUUCGUAUCAGUGUCUUAGUACAAUAUGAUCUGUUUUUACAUUUGAAUACUGCUUUGUUUCUACUUGCAGCGAUGGCGUUCCAGUCAGGUGUGAUCAGCUCGCAGCCUCAGGUCUCUGUCACACAGUACUCUGUGUCCCCUGGGUUAACAGACUGGAGUUCAAAUGUGUGUGACUGCUGCGAGGACUGUGGCAUCUGUCUUUGUGCAACGUUCGUCCCUUGUAUCCUGGGCUGUAAGGUGGCUCAGGACAAUGGGGACAGCUGCUGCCUGCCCUUCCUUCCUGGUGCCAUGAUAGCUUUGAGGACAAGCAUGCGCAGCCGAUACCACAUUGACGGCUCGGUAUGUGAUGACUGGGUGGUCAUGGCCUGCCUGCCUCUGUGUGGACUGUGUCAGAUGGCACGUGAGCAGAAGAGGAGAGGAUGAAAAGAUAGAAAUGAAUCUGAUUUUUUAAAACUACAAAGAAAGAGGAAAUGUGGAAAUUUACAUUCCUUGUUUUGUACAUGAUUUCUGUAUUUCAAAUAAAAAUUUAAAUGUAUUUGCAUAACCAUAGUUAGGUACUGUAUUACCUAAGGAUGUAGAAUGAUUGCCUGACAAUCAGACUAAGUUGCACCUGUUUGUUUCACUUUAUUAUUCUAUAACAUGUUAUAUAUAUAUAUAUAUAUAUAUAUAUAUAUAUAUAUAUAUACAAAAUAUAUAUCUCUAAUAUAUCUGAGACGUUGGCAGCAAUUCAGAGACUAUAAUUCAGACAAAAUGUCAACAGAGAAAAAAAAAAUCAACAUUUCAACAGGCCUGUACUUUUAAACUUAACACUGAACAAUAAGUGACUGUAUGUAUGAUGAAACUGUCUUUAUGCAACAAACCAGUGAUGAAAUGAAGAAGAAAAAUGAAGAACAAUGACUUAUCUCUGACAUUACAUAAGCCACUUCACAGUGGUGAAUUUGCACACGUUAUUUAUUUUGGAAUAAAAUUACACCUGAAUACUGCUUUUCUUGAAUACAGUGUUAUUCAGCGACAUAUAUCAUGUGUUCAUAUAAUGUUCUAUAAAAGGAGUAAUUUAUGUUAUGUUUAAUAACUGAUGUAUAUUAAUUGAAGUAACAGUAUUUCAAUAAAAAACCUCUUCGAUUUAA